AUGCCCCACCCCGUCUUCCUCAUCCUCUUCCACCCCACCACCCCACAGAAACCCGAGGAGCUGGGACAAAGGGACCAGUCUGGUCUACACUCCACCUCAGGUCUCAGUCAGGCAGACAGGGAGAAGAUCUUUAAUGGCGUUGAGUGUGUGAAGAACUCACAGCCUUGGCAGGUGGGGCUGUUCCACGGCAGACAUCUGCGCUGUGGCGGUGUCCUUGUGGGGCCCAAGUGGGUCCUUACAGCUGCUCACUGCAGUGGCAAGUACGUGGUGCGCCUUGGGGAACACAGCCUCACCAAGCUGGACUGGACGGAACAGUUGAGGCUCACCACCUUCUCUGUAACGCACCCCAGCUACCAGGGUGCCCGUCAGAACCAUGAGCAUGACCUCCGACUCCUGCGCCUGCGCAGUCCCGCCCGCAUUACUCGUGCUGUCCGACCCCUGGCCCUGCCCACUUCCUGUGCACCCACGGGGGCCAACUGUCAUAUCUCAGGAUGGGGUACCACAAACAAGCCGUGGGACCCAUUCCCAGACCGGCUCCAAUGCCUCGACCUCUCCAUCGUCUCCAAUGACACGUGCUGGGCAGUGUUUCCUGGAAGGGUGACGGAGAAUAUGCUUUGUGCGGGCGGCGAAGCCGGAAAGGAUGCCUGCCAGGGUGACUCUGGAGGCCCCCUGGUGUGUGGAGGAGUUCUUCAAGGUCUGGUUUCCUGGGGCUCCGUUGGGCCUUGUGGACAAAAAGGCAUUCCAGGGGUCUACACCAAGAUCUGCAAAUAUGUGGACUGGAUCCGAGCCGUCAUCAGGAGCAACUGACUGGCUUCCUCCGUGUGCAAGCAGCUCUGCUUAAGAGCCACUCCUCCCUAGACACCCCAAGCUCC